AUGGGAAGUUCGGUGCGUGUAAAAGAAGCAUCGGUGGUUACACCUUCUGAGCCUACUCCACCGUGCGUGCUCGCUCUAUCCGCACUUGAUUCACAACUUUUUCUUCGUUUCACCAUAGAGUAUCUGUUAGUCUACAAGCCUUGCCCUGGCGUGGACCAGGCUAACACCACGGCCCGUCUCAAAUCGGCAUUAGCCCGAGCCCUCGUUCCCUACUACCCCUUCGCGGGCCGUGUCAGGUCCAGACCCGAAGGCCCAGGCCUGGAGGUGGUGUGCGCGGCCCAAGGCGCGGUGUUCAUAGAAGCCUUCGCUACCCGUUACAAAGCCAACGACUUUGAAAAAGCGCCUAAAACAGUUACGCACUGGAGGCCGCUGUUGUCACUACAAGUGGCAGACGUGCUCAAGGGCUCCCCGCCGCUGGUGCUUCAGCUGACGUGGCUCGCCGAUGGCGCAGCCGCGAUCGCCGUCGGGAUCAAUCACUGCCUCUGCGACGGCAUCGGUAGCGCGGAGUUUCUCAACUACUUCGCGGAGUUAGCCAACGAGAAACGAGAGACGAGUCACAGGUGCAAACACAAACCAGUUUGGGAGCGUCACCUUCUGAACUCGCCUCGUGGGAAGCAGACGCGGGUCGACUCAGCGGGUCACCCCGAGUUUAACCGAGUCCCUGACCUAUGCGGCUUCAUGAGCUUGGUCUCAACCGGACUAAAACCAACAUCGAUUACGUUCGAUAAGACGCGGCUGAACGAGUUAAAGCGAGUGGCGCGGUGCACGAAUGGACCAGGCGAGUCGGCACAGUACACGUCAUUCGAGGUGCUGGCGGCGCACGUGUGGAGAAGCUGGGCGAGAGCGAUAAGGUUUCCGGGGAACCAGAAAUUGAAGCUGGUGUUUAGCAUAAACGUGCGGAACCGUGUGAACCCGGGUUUGCCCCAGGGGUAUUAUGGGAACGCGUUUGUUUUGGGGUGUGCGGAGACGAGUGCGAGGGAGUUGGAGGAGAGAGGGAUUGGGUUCGGGUCGGGUCUGGUGAAGCGGGCGAAGGAGAGGGUGGGGAACGAGCACGUGAGGGGCGUGAUGGAUUGGGUGUGGGACAGGAAAGGGUGCCCCGACCCGGUUGGGGUGUUGAUUGUGUCGCAGUGGUCGAGGCUAGGGUUGGAGAAUAUUGACGUGGGUAUGGGAAAGCCUUCCCACGUGGGACCCGUGUGCUGCGAUAGGUACUGUUUGUUUUUGCCGGUGAGGGACGACUCUGUCAGUGUCAAGGUCAUGGUGGCUCUCCCCGUUUCCGCCGUUGACAAUUACGACCUUUUCAUGCGUGCCUAG